UUAUUAUAUUCCCUUCUCCUCGCCAAGAGCAACACAAACCACACCGGAGAAGGAAGGUUUGGAGAGAGGGGAAGCAGAUAGGAGUGGUAGUCGUAUAAGGGAAGGAUAUGGGGAGGGGACGAGUUGAGCUGAAGAGGAUCGAGAACAAGAUCAACCGGCAGGUGACCUUCUCCAAGAGGAGGAAUGGGCUGCUCAAGAAGGCGUACGAGCUGUCCGUCCUCUGCGACGCCGAGGUCGCGCUCAUCAUCUUCUCCAGCCGUGGCAAGCUCUACGAGUUCGGCAGCGUUGGAAUGAGCAAAACAUUGGAGCGAUAUCAACAUUGGUGUUAUGCAUCCCAAGAUCCUAAUGUCGUUAAUCGCGACAAUGCUCAGAACUGGUGCCAAGAAAUGUCCAAGUUGAAGGCAAAGUUCGAGUCCCUCCAACGCUCCCAGAGGCAUUUGCUGGGGGAAGACCUUGGUCCUCUGAGUGUAAAAGAACUGCAACAAUUGGAAAGACAACUCGAGUCUGCACUCUCACAGGCCAGGCAAAGAAAGAGUCAGUUGAUCCUGGAGCAGAUGGAAGAACUUCGUAAGAAAGAGCGCCAUCUUGGGGAGAUAAACAAGCAGCUUAGAGACCAGAUUGAGGUAGAAGGUGCCACCUUGAAAGCCUUUCAGGGCUCAUGGUGUUCUGAUGCAAUGAUAGGAAGCAAUGCAUUUGCUGCACAGCCAUCACACUCCGCCGGCAUGGACCGCGAACCGAUGCUUCGUAUAGGGUAUCACCAGUUUGUUCCUGCUGAUGCUGCGAUUCCCAGGAACCCAAUUGGGGAGAACAAUUUCAUGCUGGAAUGGGUUCCCUGAAGGGAUGAAGAAGGAGAUGCCUGCAGCGGUCCCCAUCAUCUCCAUGCAUAAGUCUCACUCUCCUUGUCUGGUUGUUUCCUACAUUUAUGUUCUGUAUAAUACUUAAUCAACGUUGAAGCCCUUAACCCUGCAUGACGUUGCGCUGUUGGUGUAGAACAUCCUGUGUUGCUGCUACUGUAAGUUGUCUUUACUGUGUUUGCGAAACUAUAUAUCUAGUGUUUGUGGGUGCAGCUGCUUGUGCUAAAUAUCUGCAUCCAAUUUCUA